GACCUCAAACAUCUCUCUGACAAAUGCAAACGUCAUGAAAGUAGCCGCAGCCAUAUUGAUAAUAGCAUGAAACUAACGUUUUUGGGCAGAGUUAGCAUUGCUGAACAACUAGAUGAAGGCUACAGGAUUGGCAUUAGAAGGCACAACGAAGAGGUGACAAAAAAUCGACACAUACUGUCCAGGAUAAUAGACUGUGAAAUUUUGUGGAGCAUUUGAGUUAGCGUUACGUGGCCAUGAUGAGAGUGAGAGCUCAGAUAACCCCGGUAUAUUUCGCGGGUUGGUGGAUUUUGUUGCCUCUCUUGAUGGAGCAUUGAAAGAGCACCUUGACAGUGCUACUGUAUUUAAAGGAACGUCGAAAACUAUACAGAACGAGCUACUGGACUGUAUGUUGUCUGUUACAAGAGAAGAAAUAAUCAAAGAAGUCCAGACAAGUAGUUUUUUAUCAAUCCAGGCAGAUGAAACAACAGAUAUUGCCACACAGUCCCAACUUGUGCUUGUGCUGCGCUACAUCGACGACAAAAAUAACGUGCAGGAAAGAUUUUUUGAGUUCAUCCCUCUGCAGUCAGCUACAGCUGAGUCCAUUGCUACUGCACUAAAAGAGCGUCUUGCUUCUAUCCUUCCUAAGGAUCAGAAAAGUAAGCUCAUCUGCCAGGCAUAUGAUGGGGCCAGCGUGAUGAGGGGUGCCACUGCAGGUGUUCAGAGAAAAAUACAAGAUGUGUACCCAAAUGCCCACUACAUCCGCUGCUACGCACAUCAGCUCAACCUGAUAAUGCAACAGGCCACGUCUCACAUAUCCAAGACGAGAAUAUUUUUUUCUAACAUUGGUGGAUUUGCCAGCUUUUUUUCUAAGUCACCCAAGCGGACAUGUUUUCUGGAUAAAGUGGUUGCCCAUAGACUGCCAAGAUCCAGCAACAUCAGAUGGAACUUUCAUAGCCGUGCCAUUAAUACUGUUUUUGAGCACAGAGAGGAUCUCAUUCACUGUUUUGAGAGCAUACAAGACUCAGGUGACUUCGACCCCAAUACUGUCAGAGAAGCAGGAGCCCUGGCCAUGCUACUGGAGGAUGAGGAUUUUAAGUUCUUUCUGGAACUUUAUCACCACACCAUGCCACAUGUAGACUUCCUCUAUGCCAAGCUCCAGAAAAAGAACAUUGAUUCAGUCCAUAUCAAAGUGAGCAUCCAACAGUUCCAACAAGAAAUACAAAAGAUCAGAAACUCUCUCCACUCCAUUGGUGAGCAAAGCAGUGGUUCUCGUCCAACAAAGAGGCGCCGGGCGCUCAGUUCGGAAGACCGUGAAAGGAUUGCAGCAGAGGGGGACAGGUUUGAUGAGUACAAGGAUACCUUUCCUGAAGAUGCAUUGAGCAGCACCAUGAAAGCGUACCCGAUGCUCAGUGGAAGCAAGCUGAAGACGGAGCUCAGUCUCAUCUACAGCAAGGAAGAGUUCAGAGCCUGCCGUGGUGCUGUGGACCUAUUCCAGCUGUUUAUGGAGAAUAAUCUCGAAGAAGUCUUUUCCGAAACUGUGACUCUCCUAAAAGUUAUCAUUACCACACCCAUGACCACGGCUGAAGCUGAGAGGUGCUUCUCAACCUUGAAACGAAUAAAAACUUUUCUCAGAAACACCAUGACCCAGGAGAGGCUGAAUGCACUGGCAUUGCUGUCCAUGGAAAAGAGACUUGUUACGGAGAUGACUGACUUUAAUCAGAGAGUAGUUGAGAAAUUUGCUGGCCAGAAAGAAAGAAGAGCAAAAUUUAUGUUCAAGUAGGAAACAUGCUUUUUGGUACUUUGGUCUGAAAUGUAUAUAAAAGAGAAACAUUUAUGUUCAAGUAGGAAACAUGCUUUUUGGUAC